UUGUACAUGUGUUUUGAAUCGUAGAAAAUAGAUCGGGGAUUUAAGAGUAAUUAAUCUUGUUAUAACAUAAAUAACUGAAAUCACGAUGGCCACAUUAGAUAACAAGAUAUGGUUGCUCAAAAACAUAAGAGACGCGUUCAUAGCCACGGAUGAUACGGGCUUGUGCGAGAUUGUUAUGGCCGGGGAGGAUUUUUCGAAGAUAUUUCAAGCGAAGGCGGCAGACGAGCGGAUCAGGUUGAAAGAUGAGAGGUUGUGCCGGCCGAGCACGAGCCACGGGCGGGACGGCAUGGGCAACAUAUCGGAGGAUGAGGACCAGGAGAUCGUGACUCAGUUCGACGCGUAUCCUCAGAUGGAGGAUAGCGAGGAGGACGACCUCAUUAGCGGCAGCUACAUACGUUAUGAUGAUAUUGGAGGACACAGACAAAGAUCCAACACAGCACAGUGGCUCGACAAAAAGGAGCAAGCACUAAAGAAGGCAUCAAAAAUAAAAGUAAUAAAAUGGGAUGACUCAUUCACCGAGCUCACCGAAGACCAGAUCGCCGACAAUUUUACCAAAAUGGUAAUAAGAAAACCUAAACAGAGGUCCAUGCUAACGGAGCUUAUGGAGAAAUGUCCGGAAUUACCCCAUAUGCAGUAUUUGGAGUAUGCCAAGUUUGAUGGCACGGCGCAGUUGGGGUUGCAGACGAAGAUGUUUAAGAUAUUUAUGAAGGUAUCGGAAAAGUAUCAUAACUAUCCGUUGGUGGUGUGCGUGAUCGCGACGGCUAGGAUAAAGGAUUUGAUCGGAUUCACGUGCUACAAGUACAGCAUCGAGCACCCGGACAUAUCCCUUGGCAACAUAAAUGAGUAUGGUCUCUGUAUCGCCGAAGACGACGGUGACGUGGACCUCGCGUUCCCCUGCCUAGACGCGCACGAGCCCUGCGCCAAGUUCGGCUUCACGUGCCUCGGCCUCAUCGAGCUCAACAAGAGAGACGACAACAACGUCACUAGCUCGCUGCCCGAAGACGCCACGGGGUUCCAGGGGUUCAAUUUUCCUAAGGUUAGCGAUUCGGGGCACAGUCACCAGAAUCCUUCAAGACACAACACGGGCGGCAGCGCUACCUCUGAAGCGGUCAAGAAUGCUCUAGAGGCGGUCAACGAAGGCCUCAAAAAAGCGGACGAUCUGGACAAGCUCCACUCCCACGCUAUGGCGACCUCCGCCCCGCAGUACAAGGCAUACAGGGUGCACAUGCUGCGGCGAAUCAUGGCCAACACGCUGAUACAGCUCGGUGUGUCCAUAGACAGGGUCGAGGUGGAGCCGCUCGCCAACAGCAAGCACACGCACUGGCUAAAACCGAAGUACUUCAUGCACAGCAUCGACUCUAUAGCCUGGUGUCAAAUAAUGGAAGCUAAGGGCAACAAAUGCGUGUUCAGGAUCGUGUACACAGACGAACAGAAACCGUCCGCAUUCGAUCGUACCACAAGUUUCUUCCACUCCCACACGAACUACAAGUCCCACGAUUUCGAAUGCGACCACCAAACCGCCAAAGAGAUUGUCGAGAAAGUCAACACCAUUCUCGAGUUCCGGAACAGCCCGUGCAGGAGAGAGUACAAGACCGCCAAGGAGAAAAAACAUCAGGCUAGGAGGAGUUUCCAUUCGAAACAUAUGACUAGCAGCUAACUAGUUUACUUUUAAGGCCACAGUGUAUACAUAUAGUUUGAGGCAGUAGGUCAACUACGUUUGAACGCGAGAACAUCCCGUCCCAUCCUAAAUGCCGCAACGCGCUUGCCCUCCCUCUGGUGUUGCAGGUGUCGGAUUGUCCAUAAAAAUUAUGCAGGCUUUUUAUGGAUUAGAGAACGUGCGCGGGUCUGAUUUAAUUUAACACACGAUUCCUUGCCUAUCGCGCGUGAUAUGUUGCAGCUAGGGCUUCCAAAUACCGGUAUUAAUACCGAAAAACUUCAUCAUCCCCGGGACCCCGGUAUUGAAUAUAAACUAGGAUUUUUAUUAAACAUUGAGAACUCGUUAUUCUUAAUAUUACAGCACAUACGUCUUAAAUAGCUUUAAAUUAACCAAGACGUUUUCAAAUUUUUAACUUAUUAUGAUAUAUUUAAAUUUUUCACCUUUUUACAACCAAACAAUAAUAUUGACAUUGAUCAAGCUAAGUUCAAUAUUUUUUAAUCCGCUUUAAUUAGGAACAUGUGUAAAUAGUGUGUGAAUAAUGUGUAUUUUUAAAACAUUUUAACUUUUUUUAAAAAGUGUGUAUACGUCAUACGAGUAUUUUUAAAACAUUAGAAUGAGGAUUUUAAAGAUAAUAAAAAAAGGACAUUGGUCAAUCAAAUAAUGUCGCUAGAGUUAAUAGCAUACGCAGUGCAAGUGUUAUUUAUACGUUAUAAUUUCAUAGAAGUUUGACGUUUAAAAUAACAUGGCCUGCGUGUGAUAUCAAACUCGUUGCAGACUUAUCUUGAUCUAUUCUAUCUUAUCUUAUGAUAUUGGAAGCCCUAGUUGAAACGUCAGUAAGUGAUCAGCUCUUCAUCAUGUCAUGCGCGACAUUCUUGCCAUAAUUCAUCUUUUCUCGUUGUUUUUUUUUGUCUCGUCGACCGAGGGACAUUUAAAAAACAAUAAUUAUAAUAAUCCAUUUGAUUGUUGCAUCUAUAUUAACUUUACGCUAAAUUAACGUAUAAUGGUUAAUAUAAAAAAUAACACUAGUGAAACUUAAUAUUAUUUGGUAAACAAAUAAUACUUACAAAGUUCAUAAUAAUAAAAUUGUUCCCGUAGUUGAUAUACUGCUUUAUGUUAUAUGUACUGUGGCUAACCAGUACAAAUUGAACCGUAAACUGUAACCGUCCGUUACGGUUUACGGUUGAAUUUGUACUGGUUAACGGUUGAUUGCAAUUAACGUUCGGCCAACACUGGUGGCUAAGCGUUUAUUUAAGUAUUUAAUAUAAAAACAUGCAAUCGAAAAACUAAGACUAUCUCAAAUACCGUGUAUAUUUCUCAUAUGAGCAUAAUCGUUACUUAUCAUGAACAGUGGCACAAAAAAAUUAAAUGCCAUUCGAUUUUAAAUCUUACCAGUAAAAGAUAGAGUAUUAAGUGCAAUAUUCAUUUUAAGUUUAUAUAUUAUAUGGAUUUCAAGCACUUUUAAAAACAGAUCGAUUAGACUUAAUCAAAACAUAAUUUACCGAAGAUUUCAUGUAAAUAAUACGUUUAUAUCAUUUUAUGAAAUACGAAUUUUAUACGAAUUCAAAUUUUAACUGAUGUUUUAGGUUUACUUUAAAAACGCGUUUAAAAUAUUUGCCCGUAUGAAAAAUGCACGCUGUAUGUUAUUUUAAACUUAUAUUUUAACUAUGUUUCUUAAUCCGUCAUCUUAUGAGACUGAUCAUUAUUUUCCUCUCUGACAACAUUUUACUAUAUUCUUAUGGUGCUACCACAUUGGCAGUUAUAUAAUACCGUGUGACAGGGACAAUAUGAUAGCAUGUCCCUGUCACAGAAUGUUAUGUAACUGCCAGUGUAUGAGCAACAUUCUUAGGAAUUAAGAAUCAACUAUUAUAUACUUUGCAUGCUUUAACUUAUUGUCCAAAAGGCGAUCAACAAGUGCUAAUAUCAUAAACCGACUCUCAACUACCAGCAGAUAUUACUUAAGUUAAUGAUGUUUCUAUGAACACUCGGUACUGCUUAGUCAUAUUUUCUAUGAUGUAUGUACAUACAGGUUGAUUCAAGAAAGCUGUCACGAAUGGAAUUUUUAUUGUGUGAGUUGAGUGUGAGCACCUAUAUCUGUAUACAGCCAAAGCCAGCAUUUUAUUUUGACUGUUGCAAACUCCCUUAUUUUGAGGUCGUGGGUGCCGGAAAAAAAUUCCUGCAUUAAAACUGUUAUAGAGGGGCGUACCUUGGUCCGGUUGGCAUAUCUCUUUCGCGCUCUCACUUAUAGCUGCGUCCUUAACAGACGUACGGCGGACCACCUUCCACACGAUCGAAAAGGCCUCGGUUCGGACCCAGGUCGUGGUCCUAUACGCCCGUCUGUUACAACUUUUACGGUUGUACCAUAAUUAAGUAUGUUUUAUUUUUACAUUUUUCUUGUGUUUUAUUUACAACUGUAUACAUUUUUUUUUCUGCCGAUCUUCCAUUAGUACAAACCGAUUGUAUGUAGAAUCAGGCGAAAAGAGAUAGUUAUAGUUCUGUUAGCUAUAUUUUAUUGUUGUUAUUUUAAUUGCUGUUUUAAUUCAAUACUGAAAAGUAAACUUAGUAAAUACAAUUUUAUCCCAUUGUGAUAAGGUGUAAAAUGGUAUACAUAUCGUUGCGUCGACUUUUAAGUACGUAAUGAAGACUUUUGAUAUUCUAACAUGAACGGUCAGCUUAUGUCAAAGGAAUUUUAACCUUUUAAAAAAAUAAAAUAUUUAAAUAAAUAUUAUCGGGACCGGAUUACACAAAUUGACCAAGUCCCACAGUAAGCUCAAGAAGGCUUGUGUUGUGGGUACUCAGAUAACGAUAUAUAUACAAAUACUUAUAUACAUAAAAAAACAUCCAUGGCUUAGGAACAAAUAUCUUAUCACAGACCUACCCUGGGUGGCAGUGUUGGCCAAAACGUUAAUGCAAUUAACCAUUAACCAGUACAAAUUGAACCGUAAACUGUAACCGUCCGUUACGGUUUACGGUUCAAUUUGUACUGGUAUAAUGGUUAAUUCCAAUUAACGUUCGGCCAACACUGCUGGAUGGAAUAAAAAAAAUUACCCCCUACCCUUCCCGUUUGAAAAACACUAUAAUUUAUAGUUUAAAUUAUAUACAGUAUUGGACUAAAACAGCGGUAGCUUUUAGAAAAAUACAUUUCAUGUAUUUACCUCACGAGGUGUUUUACGUGUUACUUUAUUUAGAACUUUAUGUGAAGACCCGUUAAGGUUAAGUUGCAUGACUAGUAAUCUUGUUUCUAUUUAUCUCCGCUAGAGGCGCCACUUUCCACCAUAUCUUUGGUUAUUUCAUUUAUUAGAAAUAGAACAGAAAUUAUUGCAAUUUAAAAUUAUUAAAUAUACUAAAAGUGACGCCCUCUAGGCUUCAUAGUAAGCCAAGUGUAAAAAGUGAUUUGAAUGACUUCUAAAUAAGCAUUUUUUAUGCUUACCUUGUAUAUUGCGCUUAGCAAUAUAUUUACAAUGCAUGUUCCUAUUUUGUUGUUGUUUAGUUUACAUACAGUUACAUGUAAAGUGCUCAAAAUGCGGUCAAGAUGUUCCUGUGCCAGUGUUGGCCCCGACGUUAAUGCAAUUAACCAUUAACCAGUACAAAUUGUACCGUAAACUGUAACCGUCCGUUACGGUUUACGGUACAAUUUGUACUGGUUAAUGGUUAAUUUGCAAUUAACGUUCGGCCAACACUGUCCUGUGCCACUUUAUAUCUUUGAGGCGAUGUAUAAACGUGAGUCAUCUGUUAUAUAUUACAUUUGAAUUUUGAAUGUCUUUGUUAUAUUAUUAAUUAUAUAAUUGUAUGUAUACACUUUUAUAUGAAUUCCACGGUGAAUGAGGGCUAACGCGUUUAAUUUCGACGCUAGGGGCGCUAGUGUAGAUGGAGGUCUUUCAAAAUGUCAAAUGCAAAUGCAAAUGUCUGAUUGUAUAUUUGAUUAUGAAUGUCUCUGCAUACGCAAAAGAAAUGUAAAAUAAAAUAGGUACUACGAAUCUGCAUAAGUUACUUGUAUAAUGUCGGAUGGGGUAAUUGUAAGCCAUGGGGCAAAAGCAACUAUAGUAGGAUAAACCUAUUUUUUUUUAUUAAGUAAACAUUUAUUCAUAUUAAUACAGUCGCCAUCAGAUAUAUCGGAGCGCCCGAGGUGCUAACAAAUAUCUGAACACGCCUCUAUUGUCAAGGCGUUAGAGUGCGCGUUCAGAUAUUUUGAGCACCACGCUCUGAUAUAUCUGAUGGCGACUGUACAUACAUCAAUUUACAUUUAAAUUAACUAAAAACUAAACUAAACUAAAACUAAGACAGAACAAUAUGACAUUGUACAUAAUAAAUUACCCUAAAAUUACCUCCUAUAUUAUAACCCGGACACGGACGCUUCCACUUUCGAUGGAAUAGCAUGUACUUUCUGAAGUGUAGUUCUAAAGUAAUUGCAUUUACCCUAUAAUUGCAAAUGCCUCUACUGACUUUACACAUUUUUAUUGUUACUAUUAUAAUAUUAAGUAUUUCUACAUAUAAGCCAACCGCUGUGUUCAGGGUGUGUCUUCGUUGCAAUUAUAUUAUUAAUACUUCCUAAGUAUAGCAAUCUAACUAGGUCUCAUUUUUGCAUAAUAUUAAAGAUGGACAGAAAAGAUUGAGCUAUAGUCAGAAUCAAAUAUUUAUGUACUACCAAAGAUACAUUGAUUGAGUAAUAUGUGUAAAAUUUAAGACAAUUUCGUGCUUCGAAUUUACAGGUAAACGAGAUGGCGAUGUACAGCUCCAUAUGUCAAAUUAAAGGGCACGUUUUUUUCUUAGACCUCUCUAUUACAAUCACUUCUCUUUGGUACUACAUACUAUAGAAUAAAACCUCGAUUAUCCGAACUAAUUCGCAUAAUAAAAAUUUCGGUUAAUUUAGGGGUUCGGAUAAUCGAGGUUCCACUGUAUUUGUUACUAUGUUCUCAACAUCAUUAAUACUAAUAUGUCAAAACAGUGUCCAAAUGUUCAAUAGUCAUUUAGAACUCGUUAGACAUUCAAAAGUUGAUAACUGGUUUGUUAUGUAUAAUUAACAUAAUCCGAUGUACUAAGUUAGUAAGGUUGUAUUUAAUAUUCAUAGUCUAGGUACAUGUUUAUAAACAAACUUCAUAACGUAUAAGGUGGGGUACAUUUGACCCCCCCGGGAUUUGUUUUUUAGGAACUGCUGGUCAAAAAAAAAUGUUGACCUCUAGUAUGCGUGUGCCUGAGGGGGACUGAGGGGAAGAGACUGAUUAUCAGUCCGCGGGACGAUAUAAACCUGUCAGUUAGAAUAAAAGUUUCACGGUUCCGAACAACUGACAGUCCGAUAACGUCCGGCGGGCUGGUAAUCAGUGGGCCCCUUAAGAGCAGUAACGCAUUUCGAAAUUUCUUUCAAUUGUAGAACAUAUCGUACAAGUACAGUGUACAAUUCAAAAUGAGUUACUGCUGUUAUGCUAAGUGAUUCGAUUUUAAUGAGGAUCACUUAUUUGAUUUACACAUUUGAGAAUCCAUCACCAUCCACCUGUUUGUACAGUCGCCAUCGGAUAUAUCGGAGCGGCCGAGGUGCUCAAAUAUAUCUGAACAAGCACCCUAACUGCCUUGACAAUAGAGGCGUGUUAUGAUAUUUGUUAACACCUUGGCCGCUACGAUAUAUCUCAUGGCGAUUGUACUAAAAUUCUAUUAGGCAGAUUUAAAGCGCGCGAUUGUUUUAUGCGGAACGUUGAACGGAAUGUGCUUAUGAAAAAUGACAAUGCGCUUACCGCUAUGUUUACCGCUUCAAACAAUAUAGUGUUAUUAGACUCAUUAGAUUAUCUAAUGUAAAAUGAUAUUUUUCCAACAUUCCGUUGAUCGCAUGCUUACAGCGCUGCGUUUAUCGCAUAAAAUAUUAUAAAUAUUAUAUAGGUAAUGUACCUACCCAAUUCCUGACGUAAAAUAAUAUUGCUUUUACCAAUAAACGUUCCGAUUCUGAUAUUGAAAACAAUCGCGCGCUUAUUAAUACAUUCGGUAAACUAAUUUUAUUAUCUGAUAUAUAAAAUACACGUUAGUUGAAACUGUUCAAUAUUUAGAUAAAAAAUCUGCUUAUACUUUGCUGCUGGCUGGGGUUAAAAUCGAAUCCAUGCAUUAAAAUUAAAUUUUACAUUCAUUUUAACUUUUACAAGAUAGUACUAUGAUAAUAAUAACAAGUGUUAAAGAGGAUCAACUUUUUCAACUGUCUCCACUAUGUUUGUACUUUAUGGGUAAAUCAACUUUUAAUUAUUGGUUUAAGUAUAGAAUAGGGUCGGGUAGGAAACAGUGGCUCAGUUCGAACAGUGGCUCAGUCGCCCCAAUAUCGCCUUUAUCAUGUUGGAAUUAGGUUGAGUGAGCUACUGUACCCGGCAAUUUUUUUCCAAGCCACUGUUUCCUACCCUACCCUAAUUAAAAAAAAAGUUGAUUGACCCAAUAAUAAAUUUCUCGGUGCCUUAAGUCUAAUUUUUGCUACAGAUAAAGAAUCAUUUAAGAAAUAAAAUAAUCAUCCAAAUCAAGGAUUUACACUUAGUUUCACUAGUUGAUCCUCUUACAGCUGAUGAAACUGACUUUUUUUAUAAUAAAAUAAUAAGCAAACAAGCAAUAUCGCUAAUCGCUAAUAUGCUUUGAAAAAACAUGGUGGUAGAAAUUAUUUAACGUUUUUUUAAUUAUUUGAGCUCGUCGUUAAAUGGUCUCUAAUAAGUUAACGAUUUGUGAUAAGUUAAUUAGUUGUGCAAAUUUUACUAGUGGAUCUGUGAGCUGUAGACCUCGCAAUAAGCUACAAAUGUAAAAAUACUUCGUUGAGUCAUUAUCACAGCGAACACAGUGGUCUUAAGUGCCAUAGACCCAGUUAACCCUCAUUGGAAGGAGCUGUCGCUAGCGUAAACGUCAAGUGUCAACUCAUGGUAGCCGUACUUAAAAUGCCAAUGUUUACAACCUUCAUAAAACGGCCACCGUGAGGCAAAAUCUACCACGAAUACUAAUUAAUAUUAUAUAAAACUACGAUGUUUUUCAGAGCAUAAUGCGAUACACUCAGUAUACAGAAGUAUAGUCAGCAUCAGAAGUUGCUUAAGUGGGCGAGGUGUUCAAAAUUACCUUGAUACGCUCUUAUUCUGUUAACAAAGAAGUCGCGUCAAGUUCAUUUUGAACACCUCGCCCGCUCAGCAACUUCUGCUGCUGACUUAACAGCUUUACUUUAUCAUUAAUAUAAGCACAACGCUUAGAACUAACUAUGAAUUCCACUGCCAAACAAAACUACAUACACUGACAAAAAUAAAUAUUUAUCAGUAACUGUUAAAGUAUUUACAAUAGAUUAUAUUUUUUUGUAAAUUAGUUUUGUUGUGUAGUGAUUGAGGCAUGAUUGGAACUUGAUGCUGAGUGCAAAUAUAAUUGUUAUCUAUA